CUACUUAAUUCUUCUCUCCGGUGGAAUUUGGCUUCAAUUUUUUAAAAUUUUGUUAAGUCGAUGAAGAUCGGAAACUCGGAAUUUCUCUAUCGGAAAGUAAUCGAAUCCGUCUAGGUUUUGUAAUUAUCGAUAUAAUCUGAGACGUUUCCUCACAAAUUUUGAAGAACACUUCUGCCCUAACCAGGCUCCUCUGUUCUGAUUCCUCAUCUUUGGCUCUUGAAUUGCUUUCGUGAUUCCUUUGAUGAUGAAUUCAUUUGUCAGUUCGUCAAUAGCCUUGAAAUUGGAGAUGAGAAAAGAUGCACGCUAACACGAACGGUUAACUUCGCUCUUAAGUUACGUGUGCUUUUCUGUUUCUGUUCAUGGCUGCCUCGUGAUUUCUGUUACCAAAAAAAAAAAAAAAAAAAUCAAUACUCUUGAUUUUUUUUUUCUUGUUAAUUACUGAAUUUUAGGCCCUGGAAAUGAUGAUAAGGAUUAAUUUAAUUGUUUUUUUUUAGUGAUACAAAUUAAUUUUGUUUUUGUUUUUUUUUUUUUUUUGUGGUGAUAAAAUCGGCUGAACCAACCCAUUUUUCCCCCCACCCACCCGUGGGAGUGAACGUUUUCAUUGACUUUAUUUAUAUAUUCAUUUAUUCAUUUUCCUCAUUUAUUUGAUACGAAAGGCCAUUAUUGUCAUCAUAUGGGGAAUUAUUAAUUAAAAUUGAAUUUAGAAACUAUUAUUUCUUAAAACGACGUCGGAAAAGGGAUCCUCCACCCCAUAAUAGAGCAUGCCUUACAAGUCAUGAGCUUUUUUGUUUGUUUUUAAAUAAUUUUUUAUGCUUUUUUAAAAAAGUUUUUGUAAUUUGAUUUUUAUUUUUAUUCCUUAUAAAUUCAUAAUAUUCUUCUUAAUUAGUAGCGUAGGUGAGUGAGGAUUGAAUUACAGGAUUGAUCAUUGGGAUGCACCUUUCCAUAUAUAGGAAAUGUUUAAAUGUGUCUAAAUGGACAUUGGAUCCCUAUUCCUACACUUGGAUACUUUUCUCUAAUAUCAAGUUUGGUAUUCAAAUGAUGGGACUCAACACCAACUAUUUUAAGUUUUUUUUUUUUUUUUUUUUUUUGUUUUCAUUAGGCCCACAUUCAAUUCUCAAUUUCUUGUUGUCUUCUUCUCCUUCAAACUCAAGAUUUCAUGAUUUCAUGAUUUGAUGAUUUCUUGUUACCAUCCCAUCUUCCCAUUUCAUUUCAUUUAUCAUCAUCAUAAUAAUGCUCUCUUCUUUCCAACAGCUACCGGGAGGAUCUUAGACAACAUAACUCAAGAUCAUGAUGCUGCUGACAAAACAUCCGACAAACACCAAGAACCUCAGCCCCCCAAAACACUCUUCCCCGACCUCUCCGACCGUCGAAAGGCCCUCUUUGAGCCUUUAGAAUCCAUCAAAAACAUCAAUGGCCGCAGGCCAUCAGCUGAAUCCUUACUCCCUCCACCCGACUUCGACGCCACCGCAUAUCCCCGAGGCUGGCUGAUCGGAAAGAAGCGAAAACUCGUCAAUGUCGACGUUGUCGAAAGCAUGCGGAGGAUUGCCAUUCAAGAAAUGAACAGAAAGGACCGAGAAAUCGACGGUCUGAACGAGCAGCUCGACGAGGACGCGCGCUGCUUAGAACAUCUUCAAAUUCAACUUCUGCAAGAGAAGAGCAAAAGAUCAGAGGUUGAAAGGGAAAAUGCAAUGCUGCAUGAUCAAGUAAGUAUGCUAAUGAGCAUGCUGGAAAAUGAAGGAGCUGAUGGCUCAGAUGAACCUUAAAAUUCUAUUAUCAUAUACUUUAUUUGUUUC